UUCCGCUUGGUGAAACCACGCAUGUGUUGAUCUGUGCUGCAGCAACGUGCAUCAGUUCCUCUCUGACCCCAGUGUUAAUCUGCAUUCACAGUGAGGCUCCUCCGGUUUUUUCUUAGCUGCUCGGUAUCAGUGUAGCUUAUUACAAAAGGGGGGGCUUCACCGUCUGUGGCGGGUUUUUUAGGGCCCUGUUAGGCUGUCUAUUCGGCAACAGACGCAGGAAAAAAAGGGAAAAACGAGCGAUACCAGAUCAAGCUUUCGACUCGCAUCGAUUUUGUUUUGGUUGAUUGAACUCCACCGCACGUCCGCCUCGGGUCUAGAUUUGGAGACCCGCUACUGCUAACGUGCGUAAUGUAUCAUAGAGAGGAAACCCAGUAAAUAGACGGACACGUCCAUCUGCCAUAAAGAGGAAACGAAGAUGGUGAUGAUGGCUUCACCAAAUUUAGCCUCCAAAUGCUCGACAGCAAUGGCGAAGCCUUCCCUCCCUCUGAAACUGUUUCUCUGGGUGUUUAUCGCCGUUAAUCUGCCUACAAGCUCCUUCCAGACCGAUGACGACGAUGAGGUGUCUAACAAGACGUGGGUGCUGACUCCCAAAGUGUACGAGAGUGACGUCACACACAUCUUAAACAGCCUACUAGAUGGAUAUGACAACAAACUCAGACCUGACAUCGGAGUCAAACCAACAGUGAUCCACACAGACAUGUUUGUCAACAGCAUCGGCCCAGUAAAUGCCAUCAAUAUGGAAUACACCAUCGACAUCUUUUUUGCUCAGACCUGGUAUGACAGAAGGCUAAAAUUCAACAGCACAAUGAAGGUUCUGCGCCUCAACAGCAACAUGGUUGGGAAGAUCUGGAUCCCAGACACGUUCUUCCGCAACUCGAAGAAAGCCGACGCCCACUGGAUCACCACACCCAACCGCAUGCUUCGAAUCUGGAAUGAUGGUCGGAUACUCUACACCCUCAGGUUGACCAUCGAUGCUGAGUGCCAGCUUAAACUGAACAACUUCCCAAUGGAUGAGCACUCAUGUCCCCUGGAGUUUUCAAGCUAUGGCUACCCCAGGGAGGAGAUUGUGUACAAGUGGAAAAGGAGCUCAGUUGAGGUUGGGGACAUUCGCUCCUGGAGGCUCUACCAGUUCUCCUUUGUAGGCCUGAGAAACACCUCUGAGAUUGUCAGGACCGUCUCAGGAGACUACGUGGUGCUGACCGUCUUCUUUGACCUGAGCAGGAGAAUGGGAUACUUCACCAUUCAGACCUACAUCCCUUGCACCCUGAUUGUUGUCCUCUCAUGGGUCUCAUUUUGGAUCAACAAGGAUGCAGUGCCUGCCAGGACAUCAUUAGGCAUCACCACGGUGCUGACCAUGACCACGCUGAGUACAAUUGCCAGGAAAUCCCUUCCAAAAGUUUCCUAUGUGACAGCCAUGGACCUGUUUGUGUCGGUCUGCUUCAUCUUCGUCUUCGCCGCACUUAUCGAGUAUGGCACGCUGCACUACUUUGUCAGCAACAGGAAGCCGAGUGCCAAAAAGGACAAGAAGAAGAAAAACCCGCUCCUGCGGCUCUUUUCCUCAAAGCAGACACCCACGGUAGACAUCCGUCCACGCUCGGCCACAGCCAUUCAGAUGAACAACGCCACGCACAUGCAGGAGCGAGACGAGGAGUAUGGUUACGAGUGUCUGGACGGGAAGGACUGCACCAGUUUCUUCUGCUGUUUCGAAGACUGCCGCUCCGGAGCCUGGCGGCACGGCAGGUUGCACAUCCGCAUCGCCAAGAUAGACUCAUAUGCACGUAUCUUCUUCCCCACUGCAUUUGGUCUCUUCAACCUGGUCUACUGGGUCUCCUAUCUCUAUCUCUAGGCCUGGGUGUGCAUCCAGCCUUAUCAUACAGUUCAUCAUAUUCUGCAUACGCUCUGUACCGGACAUUUUGAAGGAGGGGACCCACUGAAGCGAUUUGGUUUAAUUUCCCUAGUUUUAAUCUCUUUUGAAUCGAAGUCAUUUCAUUUGAUAGACAUUGCAAAUGUUGUAGCACUACAUUUUAAAUGGUAUGAGGAGGUUUGUAGAUGUGUUGUGAAAACAUUGACUAUGUGAGCGAUUAACAAAAGUCUUAGUUUUGUUUCUCUUUUCUUCAUGCUUUUAUUUUGGACUUUCUAUAUGAAAUUUCCUGCUUUUUUUUUUUCCUCAGUUGGAUCUUGAUUGAGACAAGUGCAUUCCCUCCACCAUAAGAAUUUAAAUACAAUUCAGAUCAUAACAAAUGUCUAUCUAAAUGACAAGAACUCCUAUCAUUUAUUUUCACUCUUUCAACUUAGCAUACCAAGACACAAAAUCUGAAGCACUUUAAUAGCUUUAUGUUAGUGACAAAGUUCAUUUUGAUGAUUCUUAUUAAUUUUAAAUUUAUUUAAGCUUAAUUGUUGGCACAAUUAUACACUGCAUUUUCUAUGUGUGGUCAGAGAGAGAUGAUGCUGUUUAUGGACAAUGUUCAACUGUACAGACACUGUAUAUAUUUUACUAUUACAUAGUGGUUUACAUUUAUUGCAUGCACCUUUUGGGCCAAAAACCAACAUGUUUUAUGGUCUUCUAUUGUUGGCUAUGGAAAAUACAAAAUGAGCACUGUUGACAAUAAUUCAGGAUUUCAUUAUAAUUUAGUAUUUUCUUUUCUAGGAAAAUUGGAAAAAUAAAUGAUUAAAAAAAAAAAAAAAAAAAAAAAAAGCCCAGUUUAUCCUUGUAAGUUGAGGAAUCGUCUUUGCUUACAGGUGGGAGGAUCAGCCCAGAAUUUCAGGCCUGACAACUGGUUUAAUCAUUUUCCUCGCAGCCAUUAACUUGACUCGACUCUGACCUCUCAUCCUCUCCUCGCUUUGCUGUUAAAAGGGAGCAUUUACAUAAUGAUACACUGAUGUUUUAUUUUGGUUAUGCAAGCUUUUACAUGAGAAACUGAACGAAAACAAGUUAGGUUUUCUGAUAAAAGCUCAUCUUUUUUUUGCCCUUUACAUCAGCACAGUAAUAACUGCAACUGCCUUCAAACAAAGGAAUUCAGACUAAUCUAAACUUUAAUGCAAACGUUAAUACCGACAGCUGUAGGGUAUUUUGAAAUCCCUGAAUACUCUUCCUUUUAUCUCUUAAGAUGAGCAGCAAAACAAUGAAACAAACCAAACAGCAAAAAAUGAAAUGAUAAUGAAUAAACUUAAUACCUGGUAAACUAGAAUAAAGCAUCUGUUUGUUUGAAGAACAGAUGUGUAGGUCGUUUUAAUCAAACAACUCACUUCCUGUCUGUUUGAGAAGAGACACACUAAAUAUGUCGAGAAAACUGAUUUUAGAAUUUUGCCCCUUUUUUUUUCCCCCUGUUGUUUUUGCUUUUACUUUUUCAUACAAAUUUGCAUUUAACCUUGUAAUGUCGCAUGAAAGGAGCCGCGAACACUGCGAAAGCAUCUGAACUGUACAUGUUGUGUAUGAUAGCACGUAACUCACGCGAAUCACGGAUCCGUUUUGACAGACACCAGUAUGCAACCAUUGAGACAGUGCUUCAGUGUGAUUUGAAAGCUCAUAAGGGAUAGAUGUAAAUCACAUUGUCUAUGUACAUAAAUUCUAAAGGGAAGGAAACACUUGUCAAGCCCUUAGGAUUUUGUAAAAGGGUAUAUAUUUUGUAAUUUCAGCAUUGUUACAGUAUAUCAUCCUACAGUAUAUUAGACUUGUAUUAUGCUGGACUGACCAUGUAGAAUACUUGGGGGUAAAGGGGUAUUUAUUUAUUUAUUCAUUGCAUUGAUGGUAUUUAUUUAUCUAUUUAUAUUUUAUUGAAAGACAUUGUAGUUUAUGUCCAUAUAGCCCCUGAAAAGAAACACAGAAUGCUGUCAUUUAUAUCAAAGACACGUUUUUGUUGAUGUGUCAGUGGAGCUUGAGCUUAUUUAUCUUGUGUUUUCCAUGUUGUGGUCGAUGUACACUGCUCUCACAAAGGCUUGUCAAACUGUUCUAUCUGUUAAAUUAGUGAGUUGCAACAUUACCUGUUGUGCAGCUUCUGAAUAGUACACUUGAAGAUUUUGGAUUUCCCAAACCACCAGAAGAAGAAGAACAUUUACUUGUCUAAGUGACUCUUAAUUAUUUCCACUGUUUUUCCCCACCACCACAAGUUUUCAAUGGUCUUGAUAUCUGCCAUUGUUGAUAAAGCAUCAAGUGAUGAUACAUAUGCGUUUAUCAGAUUAUCUCCUGAAGUUCUUUCCAUGUUGUAUUUAAUGGUGGUCCUGUCGUGUUCCUCAGCUGCUACUUAGUGGUCAAAAGCCGUCCUCAGUGUGAACAUCGUUAGGGAAGUUAGUGUGUCAAUAGCAAUGUAGACUGGUAAUCAUCAGUGGUAGGCAGAAGUGUUAUCGAGUGAUUACAUCUUAUAAAGUGCCAAACUGACACACAUGCAACAGAUAAUAACAAAGUAACUGUAAUACCAUUUGUGAAUCCACUAAAACAAACAACGUGAGUGUUUUCUCUGAGGAAAUGCAACGCAAUGAAUGUUCCCUCAGACAGUAUUGGGUUUUUUUUUUGUUGUUGUUGUUGUUGUUUUGUUUUGGGGUUUUUUUUUGUUUGUUUGUUUGUUUUUUGUUUAGAUUUUUUAAUACAAUACAGAACCAAAAGCAUGUUUACCACCAAAAAAAAAAAAAAAAAAAGAAAAGAAAAAAGAAAAAAAAGAAACAGGCCAAUGAGACUAAAUUAUACUAUCAAGGUGAACUGGAGGACAUUUCUGAUUUAGACUGUAUCUGACUUUACCAACCCUUCUUACUGAUAACUGAGCAUGUCUUGUGUUUGAACAGUGGUGCAGAGAACAAACAUACUUCUUUUUUUUUUUCAUAAUGGUAAAGCUUGUUUAUUAGUUAUUCUAUUUUUCGUGUACUCUAAUUUAAAUGCAGAGAUAUAGCAGUGAAUGGGAGAUACCGAAGCGUGUUUGUAUUCAGUAGUGUGCAUGUUGAAUGUGUUUUCAUUCAAACAGGGAUGUUUUGAAGAAUUGGGACUAAUUCAAGCAUUUGCUUCAUCUGGACUUGCCUGCGUUGACAUGGACUUUUAUUACACUGUACCUAUUUUUUGAAAAAGUGAUUUUAUUUAUUUUGGGACCCACAAAUGAGACAUAUGUGAACAGCACAUGUAGAUAUUUUCUAUUGUUAUGUAUUUUGUCAAAUUGCAGAAAACAAAAUAAUACGUACUGGUAUUACAGAGCUCAGUAAACGGUAUCCAAGAACAAAAUAAAUUUCAUAUGAUCCUCAUACAUACAAUAUGUUAGUUGUUUGCCAUCUAUGUAUAUUUGAGUAUUGUAUAAAAGGGGCACUGAUCAGUUCUGUUAGGGCCUACAUAAUAUGCUAUACAUGUACUGGAAAAAAAUCCUUUUCAUAAGGGACUUGCACAUAGCUGUGGAAUUUUACAAUAAAACACUUGCAUUU